UUCUAAUUUUUAAAGUGAUACCUGCUAACAUUACAUGUAGCUCAGGGAUUGAAUCCGUUUUAUAACAUCACAGAAAUCACCCAUAACAACAUGUUAAACAUUUAAGCCAAUGAAUUUACAGCACACUGCAAGCUCUUCUCUAGUUGGCUGUGGAGUCUUUGAUGUCAUAAUCACAUCGCCCAACAGUAAGCAGUAUCUGGAGUUAACAGUAGUGAGACUGGGAUUUUUUUCAGUUUAAAAUUUUCUCUCUCUCUCUAAUAAAACAUCUGAAACUCAUGAGACAUCUUUAAGACAUGCUGGAAGACAGUGGAACUUAUUUUCACCCGCAAAGUUUUUCUUUUCAUUUUGUUAUCUUAAAUUGAUCGUCAACAGAUGUGGAAGCGACAUCUUUUUGUUGGGCUGGUCCUUCAGUCACUAGGCGAAGUGAGAGAUGAAACUACUCAAGAUCGGCAGUUGGAGACACAGCAUCGCAUCUUCCUGGCUUAUAAGAUUCAGUCUUUUUUGGCUUCUUAGUCAGAAUUGUUGCAGAGCCAGUGCUGUUUGGACCGCUUACAUGAACAUAUCAUUUCACGUGGGGAAUCGUAUGUUGUCAGAGUUGGGGGAGACUGGAGUAUUUGGAAGAAGCUCCACUUUGAAGAGAAUAGCAGGAGUUAUCGUGCCACCAGAAGGGAAAAUUCAAAAUGCUUGUAAUCCCAGCACCACUUUUGGCAGAUCAACAAACUCAGAGAGGUGGCUCGCACUUAUUGAACGGGGAGGUUGUACCUUCACACAGAAAAUUAAAGUGGCUGUUGAGAAGGGAGCCAGCGGAGUGAUCAUUUAUAACUUUCCAGGAACUGGCAAUCAGGUUUUUCCCAUGUCUCAUCAGGUAUUUGAAGACAUUGUCGUGGUGAUGAUUGGUAACUUGAAAGGCAUGGAGAUCUUGCAUUUAAUUCAGAAGGGAGUUCACGUUACAGCUAUGGUUGAGGUGGGGAGGAGACACUUCAUCUGGAUGAAUCACUAUUUUGUCUCUUUUGUGAUCGUCACAACCGCUACUUUAACAUAUUUCAUCUUUUAUCAUAUUCGAAGACUUUGGGUAGCAAGGAUUCAGAACAGGAGAUGGCAGCGAUUAAGAAGAGACCUCAAGAAAGCAUUUAGCCAGCUUCAACUUCGGGUGCUAAAGGAGGGAGACGAGGAAAUAAGCGCAAAUAGAGAUAGCUGCGUAGUUUGCUUUGAACUCUAUAAGCCUAAUGAUACAGUUCGUGUUUUGACUUGUAAACAUUUUUUCCACAAGAAUUGCAUUGACCCCUGGAUUCUAGCCCAUGGGACAUGCCCCAUGUGCAAAUGUGACAUUCUUAAGGCUUUGGGGAUUCAAGUGGAUGUUGAAGAUGGAACAGAAUCUUUGCAAGUUCUAAUGGCUAAUGAAUUACUUGGUACCCUAACACCUAGUGAAGAGGGGACGAAUAAUGAACUUUCUCCUGCAGGAAGGGCAGAUAAAGUGACUCCUGUGGAGGAGGAGGAGCACCCUGUUUGUCAGAAUGCCAGCCAGCCUAAUUCAGUAGUGGAAGAAGUUCAUCCUUCACUUUGACAGCAUGACCUUUGAGGAAGUGGAUUAAACCUGUUUGUCAAAUCAGGUCCUAAUACUGACCAGCAGUUUGUUUGAAGUGUGCUUUGUGUCCUUUUUUGUUGCUUUGGUAGUUUUCUACAUUCUUUGUGAAGCCUCAAAGACAGAAAAAAGGCCUAGCAGGAUUUUUUGUUUCAUUUUUUACCUUGGCUAAAUGUAAUAUUUUGUCAAUGUAUGUUACUCUUGUGAGUAUAUGUGUUUUCUCUGUACACAUAUAUUUCUAUGUACACAUGCAUGUUAAAACCAAGGACAAACUUUUCCCCUGUUUUUGUACAUAUAUUGGGCUCUAUUUUGGUAAGAAAAUUGUGAAUAUAUUUGCUUGUUCCUUAUAAUACAGAAACCAUCAAUUAAGUUUGAAAAACAUGAAUUUUACUCUUCCUGGCAUGUAAAAAAAUAAUGUAUCUUUUGACAUUACAUUUAUAGUACAAUAUAUUAAUUUUGAAGUCAUUGUGCUGUGUUUUUUAUUCUUGAUUUGAAAAUUUUGCUAUGCAGAAUUUUAUUACUCUCGCUAUUGACAAACAGUUCUCUUCAAGCAAUUAUUCAUGCAAUUAGUACAUUUUAUGUGGUCUGCAUAUGCAUAGUUAUAGCAGUUUUAAAAGUAAAAUACUAGCGCGCUUUUAAGUGAACAGCAAAUAUUUCAGUGCCCAAUAUUGCUUAUCCUAAUUGUUACAUGUUCAUAAUAUGUAGAGAGAUUUAAAUGAUAAAGAAUUCCUAUGAUAUUUAGUCAUGGUGUAAUUAUUUAUGUGUACCACCAUGCUGCCUAGUUUAUUUUUUGCCAUUAAAUAAAAUAUUUCAAAUAUUCCAGAUCAUUUUGGAGAUAAGAAUCACGAUGUAGAAGUUAUUAUGACAUCGUGGGAUUGUGUUUGUUUUGUUCCCUAUAUUCCCAGGAUCUAGCACAGUUCUGGGCAGGCAGAUAUUCUUGAGAGAAUGAAUAAAUAAUGAUAAAUGUCUUUUUCAUAAUCAACUGUUAUGUGUUAAUCUGAAAAACGGCGCAGUUUAUCCCAAUCAUACAAAACAAUAGGAACUUAAUCUUGUAAAUUAUCAUCCUAAGUCACUCUGACAAAAUAGAAAAUUAGGAUUUUUAAGCCAAGAAUUCAUUAUUACAAUUUAGUAUGCGUAGUUUUAACGAGGAGCUUUGAACUCUCCAGGGCUGACAGUGGGGUUUGAAUUCCUGUGCAACCCUGGAGAGAGAUCUCUAGAGAGAUCUAAGAGGAAUUUUGUGGGUUGCCUAGUGGUGGUAAUAAUAGCAGAAUUCAGAGAUGGAAAGAAGGGCGAUAGUUGGUUCUUACUGCAAUGCAGAGGAAGACUAUUUAAAGACGGGGUGAGGGAUGCUCAUCUAAGGCCAGGGGGAAUGGGACACAGCAAAAUCUGGACACGUGACCAGAUGGGAGCGAUGCCUUGCUGGUACACCACAGGCCUUUUUAUACCCAGCCCUGGAGAUGUUUUGACUAAGUUAAUCUUAAGAGAUGUGCCUUGAAAGAUAUGCAUAGCACCAGUACUGGAGGAUUUAGCAGAAAAACUGUUUUGAGUGCCUUUUUAAGUUUACCCUGGGAGAGCAAAGUCAUUUCCUGGGGAACCAAGGAUCACAUUGAAGAGACAGGACACUGAGGCCCUAUGGGAGCCACUCCUCGUAGGAUCAGGUCCUAAGCUAGGAUAAGCUGUCAUUCUCUGGCCACUUUUGGUGCCUCUGCUUAUGGGGGUGGCUAGAGUGACUUCCACUGGUUGCCCAAGACAAUCAUUGGAGCUAUAGAAAUGGAUGCAUCUAGCAGUGCUGGCAGUCCCCAAACCCAGGGUUCUAGGAACUUGACAGCUCUGUGUACUCUUAGCCAGGAUCAUUACAGAUCCGUGUACUCCUAGCAAAUUCAUGUGGGGUACAUGUUCCAUGAUAGACCUAGCGCUUAAAGAAUUUGUACUUCACACUGACACUCACAUUGUGUUCUGUCUGUCCUUCCUCUGUACCCUCGUUGGUUUCUCCUUUCUUUCCUUUAUUCAUCAUUGUCAGCCUUAAACCUGACUUACCUUCAUGUGUAAGUAGUUAGCACUUAUGCACUUACAUAAUGAGUUGUCGCUUGUUAAUAAGGACAUUGAACAUUUAACAUAAUGUUUGUUGUCUUGAUUUGAGAAUUUUCAAUGGAUGUUCUUUAAAGGGUGGUUAGAAUCUGUUUGAAGUGGGGAAGGAAAGGUCGAGUCAGUGAACUUGAACUAUCAUUGCUGAGUGCCUACCAUGUAGCAGGCGGUGGACUAAGUGCUUUCCAUAGCGGUUUAUGUCAGAACAAAACAGCAGUUUUAAACCUUGUCUUUAGAAUGUUGUAAACAGAUCAAUAAACCACUUUUACUCUGGGUUUAAUAACUAGGACCUGGGAAUAGCACUGCUAUGUCAAAUGUUAGGUGUUAUUUGUUGUGGUAGAUUUUUACCUAUCCUGUGGGCUAUACCAUCUUCUUUUGUACCUAGUGAUACAAAUAUGUUUUACCAUAAUGACAUGGGACUACAAUGUGAAUUAUUUUGCCCCUAAUACCAGUACUAUUCUGGAUUUCCCUUACAUUUCUCCUUUGUAUAUCCUUUUGCAUUCUCUGGUAAUAAAAUUGAUUCCCCAUGCCCACCUCUGCUAGGUAGGGGGUUGAUGUUUCUUAUAAAAGUUAAUCUUUUUUUUACUAGGAUAAAUUAGGUUUAAUAUUUACUAAAGUAAAAAUGAUUCUAAGACCAUUUAUCUCUGAUUGGGUGAUGCUUUGGGGAAUUAAUCUAUACAGUUUCUCGUGUUACGAGACACACUACACUGACAGUAUUCCUGCCUCUUGCUCUGGAAUUGUUAUAAUGCGGUUAUCUUGUAGAAAUUUGGUCAGCCAUAACAUUUACAAUACUAUGAGUAUAUCAAAAGAUUUAGUGAGCCAGGGAUCUGGCGUUUCUGAUGGUGUUUAAGCUUAGUGUACAGUGAAGGCGUUUUCUCCUUUUACAAACUCAUUGGUUUUUGAAGCAGCGUGCCAGAAUCAAGUAGGGGAAAGGAAUCAGGGUUUGGAGAAGCAUUGAAGCAAAAAGAGGAAGGCCUCCUAUGUUGAUACUGUGAAGGAGUCAUUUUAAUGGCAACCCUGUGUUCCUAUUGCAUCGUUUCCUAUGAGUGCCAGUUUUUGUAUUUUAGAAUGUUUAUUUGGUUUUAUAUUUAUGGCAUUUUUUAAAAUGUUAAUGACGAAAAGUAAGAUUAUGGGUUAUUACAAUUACCAACACAGAAAUAUCUUAAAACACAUACCUGGUUUUCUAAACCACAAGAACUUUUUUGGGACAGAGAAAAAUUCCUCUUUUUUGGGGGAGGAAGUGGGGAUAAUGUACUUUAGAUGAUCUCUUCCCUAUGCACAGGUGUUAGAGUUGUUCCAUCAUAAUCUCUCCACAAAACUUCCCUUUCUCACAGCUACUCCACAACCUAUAACACCUCUCUCCACAAUCAUGCUGUCAUCUUUGUCAGACUUCCAAGGUACCGUGCUCCUUGAUGAUUUCAGCUGCUGAUUUGACUUUUCCUCUUCCUGGUCAUUGAUGACCAAGGUAACCCUGAUUUCAAAACUUUUCUACAACCGUAACGUUCACCUCCCAAUUCAGCAGAUUGUUGCCACACAUCAGGGUCUGUCAUUUUUGAAAACUUCCUGACUUACAGCGUCUUUUUCAGAAUUCCCUCUCUGAGUUCAUUUGACCUCUCAUUUCCACCACAUGCUAUUUGUUCUCAUUCCAAGCAGAAUUUCCCUUAACUAUCCUUUCCCAGCCCAUCUCAUCUUUUCCAGCUUCAGCCUGGAACCAUUUAUAAGCCAUUAGUUUAACUCUACCAAAUGCCACUGAAUUCUUUGCCUCCUAGACUUUUUCUACAGUACCGUUUGCCUGCCUUGUCAUCUCUACUGAUUUCCACCAGAUCUUCUAUUUUAAAAUCCUUUAUUAAUGUCUUCACUCUUUUUUUUAUUCCCCAUAAAGCAGUGCUUCUCAACCUUGGCUACACAUCAGAAUCACCUGGAGAGCUUUUAAGACGGUUGAUGCCCAGGCUGCACCUAAGACCUCUGGGCUGGGACCCAGGCAUCAGUAUUUUUAGUUACGCAGGUGAUUCCAGUGUACAGACAAGACUGAGAACCACUGCCAUAGAGCUAUUCCAGAGAGCCUUUACAUGAAUCAAGUUCCCAAGUUCAUCCUUUGCUUCCUUCAGAUUGGCUUGUUUUCACUUGACUGAAAAUAUUUAGGUAGAAAUCUAAGUAUCAAGUUAUAGAGGGUCACAUUUCAUGGAAAGGAAGUGAUAGAGGCUUCUGGGAAUAUGAAGGAGUAGAUUUCAGCUAGUGAAGCAGGGAACACUUAAAGAAGUAACAUUUGAAAUGGAGCUACUGGAUUGGGAAAAAGGUCAUUCUAAUGGAGAGAACAGUGUGAACAACAGUGUUUUGUAAAGAAGUUUUGAGUGUCAUGUAGAAUUUUCAUUAAGGAACUUGGAAAAUGAAGACAGGGAAUUCCAGAGGCUAUUGGAAUCAUCUAAGAGUGAUAAAGUAAAAAUGUGAACUAAGGCAGUGGGGAGUGAAUUGGGUGAGAUGAAUAUAAGGUGGGCCACCUCCAAGAUAAUAUGCUCUUUCAUGACUUCAUUUGCUGUGUGAAUUUUCUACUUCAUUUUUUAAUGACCAAGGUAACACUGAUCAUAGCUUCCUUAUACCCACAACCUUUGUCUUCAGUUCAUCUCCAGUUCAGUAGCACACAGUGAAUAUAGAAGAGGAGGGUGUGAGCCAGGAGGAGUUGAGAAAGGGUGAGUCAGGAUGACUUCUUGGUUCUGGCCUGGGCCACUAGGUGGUGAUGCCAUUCAGUGAGGUAGAAAAUACAGUUAGGUGAAGCAAGUUUGGGGUAGAAGAGGAGUUCAAACUUUGAGUAUGCUCGACUUGAGGAACCCAAAGUACUUGUUGGGUGAUGUCCACUACCCAACCUAUAGCUGAACAUAUAGGUUUAUACAAAUUAAAUGAGGUUAAUGUAACAAUUUAGCAAAAGCCUUGAUAUAUGGUAAGUGCUCAAUUGUGGUAAUUUAUGAACAAAAUGACCCACCAUUUGCUUUUACAUCAGUGGUGAUUUACUAUUAUGUUGAUUUUAAGAUUACUGUUUUGGACCGCGAUCUUGUAGUGCCCACGUUUAUAAUGCUGCAUGGCUUUUCCCUCAAAAAUGCUUUGCAGCCUGAGUGAAGCUGGCGAUUGUGAUAGGGAUGGUGAAGGUGGUAGUGACAAUAGCUACAACAUACCAGGGUGCUGUUAUUUGCUCUUAACAAGUAGAAACUCAUUUAAUCCUAACAAUAACUUUAUGAGGUAGACAUUAUAAGUAUUUUCAUUCUUUACAUGAGGAAACUGAGACCCAGAGAAGCUAAGUAACUUGCCCCAAGCUAAACAGCCAGUAUGUGUCAGAGCCUCUGUUUGAACUUGGUCUGGAUCUGUAGCUCCUGGUCUUAACCAUUACGCUACAGUUAGCUUAAUAAGCUAGUUUUUAAGUAAAGGAGAAAGUAUUAGGAUGAGUCCAGUUUUGAAGACUUAAAGGAGUGGGCCUUGGAGGAAAAGUCCUAGAUAAAGGUAUUGGAACUGCCAGCGGGAGGUGAUAACUCAUGAGAUUUCAAGGAAAUUAGGAAAGAUAAAGGCAUAUGUGGGAGAGUAAAGAUGUGGGCUGGGUAUAGCUGAGUGGAAAAGGAAACUUGAGCUCUAGGAAUGGGUGCUUCCAUUUAGGAAGUAUUGAUUCUGGAGUUGGUAGCUCUUUUGUCUUUAAAAAAAAAAAGAAGAUUAUUUAGAGGGUUUUUAAGUAGGCUUUCUUAAGUUUGCCAAUGGUAGGAUUUUUACAAUUCCCCUAAUAAUUGAUAUCAAGCCUUUUUAAAAGUCCAGGCAUGAGAAGUACAGUUAACUAUUGCAAAGAAUACGACGCCUUUAUUUUGGAUGACCUGCAUUCAUAUCCUGUUCUCAGGGCAAAGCAUCUCAGCGCAGUGGUCCUUAAACCAGCAGCAUCAGCAUCACCUGAACUAGUUAGAAAUGCAAUUUCUUAGGCCCCACUGCAGACAUAUGGAGUCAAACUCUGAGGGGCCCAAUGAGCUGUCUUAACAAGUCCUCCAGCUGCUUCUGAUGGACAUUCAAGUUUAAGAACCUCUACUGUCUCAGAGGGUCAAUUUUCGGAAAAGGAUACAUCACACAGUUGUAAUCAGAUAUAAGUGUAAUUGUGAAUCUUAAAGCACUACACAAAUAAUAGUUGCUAUUACGCUAAGUUAAGAGACACAUUUAGCCAUAUUUCAUGUGUCCAGCUGCUCUCUGAUUUAUGCAUGACUUGUGCACAUACUUGCUUGCUUCUUUUCUCUCCCAGUUCUGGUUUCUCUGCUACCGCUGUCACACUGCCACGGGAGUUGUGAGAAAACAAGUAGACACUUUUUGACAAUUUGUGAAUUACAAUUAGAAGUAUAGAAGAAAACCCAAAAAAGCAGAAACAGCUAGGCCAGUCCACACACUGGAUUGGGCAACCCACACUGGAAAAGGAUAGUUUUUAAGACCGCCUGUUCACUAAAGGUGUGAAAAGAUCUCAACGUACUGAAACAGUGGGCAAUAGAUGAAAUUCACAAGGGAAUUGUGUAAAUUCCUAGGUUUGGGUCCGUGAAAUCAGCUUAACAAAUACCGGAGAGAAGAGACUCAAUUUAACGUUCAUAAAAAUAUAGCUGGAAAUAAGUGCAGGAUGAGCCAUUGGACAUCUAAGUGGGUCAUCUGAGUGUGUGUGGUAUCUUCUGCAUUAAUAACAUUGCUUUUGUGACUAGAAUUAAUUACUGUCCUUUUCCUUGAUAGUGAGAUCUUACGCAAUGACAGGUUCAUUGAUUAAUCACUUCAUUCAUUCAACAAAUAAUGAUUGCCCUGGAAACACUGGGGUGAACCAUACAAAACACACUGCCCUCAGGGAACUUGCUUUCUAGUGGGAAGAAAAUAUAAAUAUAAAAUAUGUUAAAUAAUGAUAAGUGGUGUGGAGAAAAAUAAAACCAAAAGUAGCAUGGGAGCUGUGGAAAGCAGAAUUGCAAUUUUACAUAGAGGAGGCUUCACCAAGAAGAUUGACAACUGAACAAAGACCUGAAGGGAAUGCUCCACUAGAACACGCACAGGAAAAGUGGAGCGUGUGCCAAGGAUAGCUACCAGAUUACUUAAGGGGGUCUUGUCGUCUGAGGUAUGUUUAGCCUGGAAGGCUGAAGACAGUGUUAGCUGCCAUCAAAUACUUGAAGAAUGGCCUUGGGAAGAAUUUAGACUUUCUUUGUUAUUCUGGGAGUUAGAACUAGGUGAGAGAAGGAUAGCUGUAGGGAGAAUGUUGCCACCUGGAAACAAAGAACUUUCCAGUGGUUGGUCCUGCCUAUAGACAGGUUAUUGCCUCAGAGCAGAGAGUUUCUCUUCCCUACAGGAGUUGGAUGUCAUUUUAGUGGUGGUGGUGGUGAGAGAAUUCAGGCUAUGGAAGGAUGAUUGGAUUUAUGCCUUUGAGGUCUCGCACAAUCCUGAAAAUCAGAUUCUGGGAUGAAAAACCUAUAUUGUUAUUCCAUGCAUAGUUGCCAUCUGGUGGAAAAAUAAAUAACUACAAGGUAUAAACUGCAAAAUUCAUUCAACAAAUAUUUGACAGCCACUAUAUGCCAGGGAAAUGUAGUCAACAAGUUUUGGGUUCAUUUUUCUUUGAUUUAACAGAAUGUUUGCUUCUAAGAUUGAUUUACUUUCCAGAGUUUUUCCUUUUUCAUUUUUGAACUUCAUUCCUCUGCUGUAGGCCUGGCUUAAUAAGAGUAGAUAACUUGCUGUCCUCAAGAUUCAUGGUUUAUAAACCUAGAAUCUGAAAGGGUAGUAGCUCAUUCUCUGCUAUCCUGCUAGUGUUGUGGAAAAUGUAAUGAUUUGGUUUUUAAAAAUAU